CCCAACGCACCCGUUAUUGUCGUUCCGCAGUCAGCUGAGUGUGGUUCGUGCCAGUGAUUUGCGCCAUGCGUGUGAAACAAGUGCAAGUGAACAGUUGCAACAGAUCGGCAGAAUAAGCGGCCGUGGCCAAAAGCACACUCAACUGUUUAAGUUCUUCAAAAAUCAAAACCAAGCCGAGGGUGGGAAAAAUUAACACGUGUGAUAUCAGAUUCCACGCAGUGAUCAUGUGCAACCGUUGAUCGUGAAGGUCAUUUCGGUGUUCCGGUGUAUCUGGAUAACUUCCAAAACGGGAGGGAAAAAAGUAUCUCCCACAGCUCGUCUUAUCUUCUCCAAUAUAUCGUCACCAAUUUUCGCGUUCACCGUUUGACGAUGACCAGCUACAUUGAAGUGAGCAUACACUCGGAACCGGAAGAUGAUGAUCACGAUAUGACAGAUCUCGAGCUGCAGCAGUAUACCAGCCGGCAGCAUCUGCUGCAAAGCAUCACAAACCUUUCCAAUCCUGCCUGCCUGUUCACACCUGCGUCGUCUAAAUCGUCCACCGAAUCUUAUGGCAAGGCAGAGAAGCGAAAGCUUAUGUGGGCCACACUGUUUACGGUGGCGUUUAUGACGGCCGAGUUUGUCGGUGGUUACCUGUCCGGUAGCUUAGCGAUAAUGACGGAUGCUGCCCAUCUGCUUUCGGAUUGCAUUAGCUUCGUAAUAGCGAUCAUCUCGAUCUGGAUCUCGAACCGACCGGCGGAUGCACGGAUGUCUUUUGGCUAUCGACGUGUGGAGGUGCUCGGUGCAUUACUGUCCAUCUUCGGUAUCUGGGCACUGACGGCCGUGCUUGUGGUGAUGUCCGCAAAUCGAUUGAUUGAAGGUGACUACGAGAUUGAUGCUGACACAAUGAUCAUUGUGGCAAUAUUGGGCGUUGUAAUGAAUAUCGCGACGGCUUUUAUUCUGCAUGGAUCGUGCAGCGUUGUUGCGCACGGACACAGCCAUGGACAUGGCCACAGUCACGGGCACGGUCAUGCGCAUGGCCAUUCACACGGACACAGUCACAUUUCUCGACCGCGUUCGAAAACUCCUCAACUCACAAUACCCCGACUGUCACUGUCACGCUCUUGCUCGCCUUUACCGCGAAUGCUACGCACACAGUCCUGCGAUGAGAAAAAGUGCGAUAAGUUGGAGCAGCUCAUCAUUCCCAACUUUCCACCCAGUCCACAGACGGCUAGUCCACUGUCUUCCCAUCACAACAGUCGGCACAAUUCGUUCGCCCUGACGAGCGAUCAUAGCCAGCGACCGAACCUGGACACAAUACUCAACAACGCACGGUUAAAGCUACACAAGGAAAGCUUGCGCCAUCGGAUGAGCAUUGAUGCCUCACCGGAUCUUAUAAGUUCGAGCAAGCUGGCGUAUUCUCGCAUCAGCACCGAUCCGGAAUCGUCCACCCGUGGACAUAGCGAAGAUGAAGCGCACAGUGAACGAACGGAACAUUCCUCCUCGGAGCAUCAUGCUCAUUCCCACGAGCAUCAGUGUAGCGAAACGAGCCAAGAUGAUAGCAGCAAUCUGAAUGUCCGUGCCGCCAUUAUUCAUGUGAUCGGUGACUUCAUCCAAAGCAUCGGUGUGUUGGUAGCUGCAAUAGUUAUUAAAUUUGCGCCCCACUUGAAAGUGUUCGACCCAAUCUGUACGUUCGUGUUUUCCCUGAUCGUGCUGGUAACGACGGUACGGAUCUUCCGCGAUUCGAUGCGCAUACUUGUGGAUGCCGUACCGCUCGAUAUCUCGCUGGAACGACUCUCGUCAGAGCUGUCGUACAUUGAAGGUGUUAAAACGGUGCACGAUCUGCGUGUGUGGAGCGUUUCAACCGGCUGGAACGUAAUGACGGUGCAUCUCAUGAUCGAUCCGUUGGCGAACGCUUCGGAAAUUCUUGCCUCGGCAGACCACAUUGCGCGGAACGACUUUCGCAUCAAGCACAGUACGGUACAGAUCGAGAAGAUGCACUUUUGAGUGACGACGCUAGCGAUCGCCCUCCCCGUACGUAUACAAUUGUGAUUACACAGCCUCAGCCGUCCGUGAGAAGUGAUCUUUAAACAUUCCACAUGUAUGUCGCUGUGCUAGUUUUUAAAAGCAAGUCAACCAGUAACCGUUAAAUGUAAUACAACGAGAUUUAGGAUGUAACGUAGAAAAAGGAAGCGUUUAAAACUGUUAAAAUAAAAGCUCUUCUUUCAUACAAACAACAGC